AUGCUUCUACCCGCACAAAUGGUACCUUCGUCCGAUAUCUACAACGAUUUGAGCGAGUCCGUUUGCCGCGAUUGUUUGGACCCUGUUGGAGCGUGCACUUGUAGCUGGCAAAUCAUGCAGUUAGACGCCAGCUACAGCAUUUACACCACGUUAAACGAUGACAUGACCAAACGACCGUCCUCCACAACGUCUUCGUUCCUUAACGACAUGCAUAAGUUGGAUGGUCUCAAUUGUGGAGGUAUACCUACACGUACAACACCAACUUUAACACCAACUACACUUCGUACCAUAGCUGCCGACAUAGCUAAUUUGUCACCUGCUCCAUCUGAAAAUUUUGCAACUGCAGCUUCCGACCUGCAUCACCUUGUGUCGUCUUCGUGUUCCACCAUGAGCACAUCAACUUUAGAGGCUUCUGAUCGUACUGAUUUACAAGAACGUGUCAAUAUACAUAAUCUAAGUAAUCAAACAAUAAGUCUUCAAAGCAUAAAUAAUCAACAAAUUAGUCUCAAUAAUUUACAAAACCACCAAAAUGUAAACCAAAACACUUUAAACCAACAGCAGCGUAAUGAUUAUAAUAAUUCUUUUUCGACGGCUGCAUCGAGGCAGGCUGGUUUUGUGCCACCACUAGUAUUGCAAAUCAAUUCCACAAACCCUAUUGCUCAACAAUCAUCAGGUACAACAAUCUUAUUAAACAACAACACCAGUACAGGUUCAAGCUCUAUAUUUAGUGCAAAAGGUUCAUCUACUUCAACAUCAUCUUCACACUGGCAAGGAGUAGUAGUUACCCAAAGACCUCAAAAAAGAGCACGAAGUAUAACGACUCGACAGUACACUGAUGAUGAAGAUGGUGAUGAUGAUUAUGAUUCUGCAGCUGAUGAUGGAACAGACAGUAGCGAUACAACUUCUAGUAAAAUGACACGCAAACAAAAUAAUAAAAACAACAAAUCAAAAAAUGGAAAUAAAAAUGAAUUCAAGAAUAGUUCAGGUGGUGGUCGUCGAACUAAUAAUAAAGACAACAAAAUGAUGUCAGCUGAAGAAGAACAACGUAGACAGGUCCGAAGAGAACGUAAUAAGUUGGCGGCAGCUCGUUGUCGUAAACGCAGGAUGGACCAUACAAAUGAACUUUUAGAGGAAACUGGGCAGUUAGAAGAUAAGAGGUUGAGGUUACAAGUGGAAAUCCAAGGCCUUCGUCAACAAAAAUCUGACCUACAACAGAUGUUGGCUCAACAUAAAUGUGCUGUAAAUAUGAACAAUUUGCAGUUAUCAAAUUCCGUUGCUACUGUAAACCAUGCCACUACAAUAUUAGAUUCAAAUGAAAUUUCUGAAACAAAACCUAUUGUAUUAAAUAAUCAUCUAUCAUCAAUUAAGGGAAGUCCUUUACAACAAAACAUUAGUACAAACGUAGUGAUCAAUGAUAAUGAUAGUAAUAAUGUUGAUGAUAUUAUAAUAAAGCAUGAAGAUAAUUUACAAACCGAUAUUGAUACCAAGGAUUCCAUAAAUAUUAUUCCUACUUCUGUAAUGCAACAGCCUCAUAGAAGACGACCCACUACACUAUUGCAACUUAACAAUGGUAAUUUUGGUAAUAGUAAAAAAAUAUCUGGAAAUGGCUCUACGGGUGUAGUAGUAUUGAAUUUUGAUUCGCUCAUGGACGGUGGAACAGGAUUAACACCUGUAUCAUCUAGUGGUGGAAGUGUACAAAAUCAUCAUCAACAAGUUCAACAUAGUAGCACAGGGAAUGGUGGUGUAAAUACUGAAAAUAACAGUGUUUUAUCAUAA